AUGCGGAGCAAGACCCUGCGUAGCGACGGGCACCUCAACGCGUCGCACACGGCCUCCACUUUCUCUACGGAGGGAGCGCUGACGCGCUCCACCGGGAUGAGCUCUCUAUUGUUUGACGACGACCCUACCCGGGGCGUGCCCUACCCUACCCCGCACGACAUCCUGACGUUUGUGGGAGAGCUACCGUCGGCCCCUCGACGUCCCGACGACGAUGAAGAAGAGCAAAGCGAUGUGGAGCUGAACAGCAGGGCAAUUGUUGCUGCAGAGCGCUUGCCAGAGCGCAUUGUGCUCGAGGACAACGACCCUUUGUGGCGUGUUCUGUUACAGCUGUCGUUGCCAACCCCGCCGCUGCUGCCACCGACGUCCGGGAAUGAGGCGUGGCGUCAAACUGUGCGUUCCAACGACAGGGACGCUGGGCGACGACGGGUCUGGGUGUCGCUGUUCAUGCACCAUAUGGGGUAA